UGGGGGGGAGGACGAGAAUCUGAAGGCGUAGAAGAAAUGCUGCGUGUACAAGUACAUCCGCGUGGGGCAGAGUCUCGGCGAGAGAUUCCGCGGCAAUCGCAUGUUGAAGUGCGUUUUCUGCGGCCACGAGUUCCAGGUCAACCAGUUCGUGGCGGCGCGCCAUUUCCGCCAAGGCAAGGGAUGUUCGGAGGUGACCGACGAGGCACUUGUCGACAUCCACUACAAUAGUGAGUACAAGAUGUCCGACAAGUUCCUACAGCGGAUCCAGCAGUUUGAGGAGCUUCACGGUCCGGCGCCUGCGAUGGAUCCACGACGGGACGAGGGGGGGGAGGGAGAGAUGAGCGAGCGGGGGGGCAGCAGGGCCUACUUUGCGUCGGCGCACGUGUCGGUUCGUACACGGGAAGGUGCGGACACGGCUGAGGCGGGUCCGUCUACGGGGAAGAUGAACGAGAGAGAGGAGGGGGCCAGACCGACGGCAGCACAGAAGAGGAUGAGACAAAACACGAUCAUGGAGUCAUUCUCUUCAAAGUGGCAGAUGGAGUUCAAGAAGAAGUGGCUGCGGUUUGUGUACAGUCAGCGCCUGGCGUUCAACGUCUUCCCGAGCGAGCCGUGGUCACGGUUGGACGUCGUCCGACACUUCAGGGAUUUGCCGGGGCCGGUGAAGUUGUUGUGGCCUUCAGAGAAUGAGAUCUCGGACAUAGAGACCAUUGUCCACAUGGCGGACAAGGUGGGAGCUGAUCUCACGGAGGUCAGGGCUCCUUUCUAUGUCACGCGGGCCACCAUCAUGUCAGACGGAAGGAAGUCACGCGAUGCUAGACCCAUCGUUAACUUCCUUGCCGGCGGGUCGCGUGGGGUGAUGCUCGCCCGGACAAUGAACAGGGAGGGUGAGCGGGAUCGGGCGCCUGAUGUGUUGGCGCGUUGGAUCAAGGUGUUCGAUGACUUUCCCCCUAAGUGGGUGAAUGCCAUCUGCACCGACUCCGCCUCGGCGUGCGUCGCCGCGGCGAACAUGCUCCAGGGGCCCGAGCAGAGGCCAGAGCAUCGACGGAUUACGCGGCUCCCAUGCGCAGUGCAUGUCUGCAACAAGAUGUUGUCAGACAUUGGCUGUUCGGGCGCGUGGUCCAAGGACAUCGUCGUGAGGGGGAGAGUGGUGGUGCGCUUCAUUAAGGAGCACGACGCCGCUCUCCAUAUUUUCCGGGGGGAGAGCAGACAGAUGGGCCUCAUUUAUCCUUGCGAGACACGUUUCACAUCCGUGUUCGCGAUGGUCGAGCGUUCGCUGGCAGUGAGGUCAGCAUUGGAGAGGACAGUGGAUGGCGAUACUUGGGACGCGAGCUUGGUGAGGGAGGCGGAGACUUACAUCUUGUCGCAGAUAGGGUUCAGUGUGGCGAGCCGCGACUACGAGACCGCAUGUGCGCAGUUGCGCGACUUCCACACACGGAGGAGGACGAUUGCUUGGGGGGGGAGGGACGGAGACAGAGAUGCACAGAGGUGCACGGGCGAUGCGGAAACGUACGAGUCCGGGUGUUGGUGGUCGAGGUACGGGCAGUGCGCCCCCCAGUUGCAGGUUAUCGCUCUUCGUGUGGUGUACAUGUGGACGUGCUCCUCUCUUGCGGAGAGGAAUUGGGUCGUCCACGAGGGUGUACAGACGAAGAAGCGUAACCGGCUUGAGUUCGAAAAGGUCGCGAAGUUGGUUGAGAUCUCAGCCAACGUCCGCCUUCUCUCUCAUCAGCGGGCAGGCUGCGGGUUCGCACUGCUGUGGACUUUGGGUGAGUCGUUGUUGGACGUGGAGGGAGGUAUCGGGAUUCGCCCCUCGUGGAAGGGGACGGACGAGAGCAGCACGCGGGAGGAGCUCGAGGAGCAGAGACGUUCUUGGCAGCGAGACCCAUGUGGGUCGAGAGCUCCUCCAGGUGAUGUGGGCGAUGUUUUCGGGACUCAAGCCGCCACAUUGCACCCGUACCCUCAAGACGACAAUGAUUCUGAGGGUGACGAGGACGAGCCGGCGGGCCCCGCUACCGCUGCUCCUGCGGCAGAUGAGCGUGAUGCGUGGAGCGACCCAGAGGACGUCCGGAGACGGAGUGGCGGAGAUGACCUUUUCGUUGGAGUUGAUUUGGAGGAGGAGUGUGGGGGUCGUCAUGAGAGCCCUCUACAGCGUCAGCGGACUACGUCCGCUGACCCACGAUCCUUGGAGCGAGAGAGAGGUACUGCGUCUGCACCUUCGAGGGGGGCAGAGUCGGGGAUUGGCCAUCGUCCUGUGCGUGUUCGUACUAGCACGACAUCAUUCACCGCUCUUCCCACAUCGACGGAGCAGCUUCGUCGACAACCAGUCGAGGAUGAUCGAUUGCAAAGAUUGGUGAGGGGCCCGAGACACCGAUUGCAGGACAGAUUAGAGGCCGGUUCUUCCUUGGUGCAGGGGGACGACGGAGAUAGACAGGGGUUGGCUGGUAGAGAUGGUGGUGCGUUGGCCGGAGGUGGAGGCGGUGAAGAGGUUGCUACGGCGGUUGAGGCGCACGAGAUUCGGAGUGUCGAGGAUGAGAGGAUACCGAUGACGGGGGGCGGAGCCGGUUUCAGUGAGUUUGGUGACUUGGGUAUGCCCCCGGGAGAGAGCGUGGGUCUGGCCCGAGGAGAGAGCGAGUCCCUUGGGGACAUCAGUGUGGGUAUGCAGGAGUUGUUGGGACAAAUCAGCUUGGCGGACCCGAGUAGUUUCUCCCCUGCUAUGCGAGCAGAGGUGAUGUUGGGGGCAGAGGGGGAUGAGGACCGGACACCCCCUGGAGAGACAUCUGCAGAGAGGCUGGAUACGCUUGAUAGUCGUCGAGCUGGCCUCAUGGCACAGAGGGACCCCAGGACGCAGGAGCUCGCCCGUCAUGCGGCCGAGGAGCGACAGAGGCAGCUGGGGACAUUUGCGUCGGCGUCCGUUAACGUAGCGCCAGCUGUCCACACGGAUCCUCCGGCAGAGGUUCACGACACGCCGCAGCCGGAGGCGGCUUCAGCAGAGGUUUUGAGUUUGGGACUAGAUGUUCGCCAGGGGACGCACGAGAUCGGAUUGGCACCGAUAGAGGAGCCACGUUCGGAGCCGGCGCAGCCUCCUGCCGUCCAGGUGAGGCCCGAGGAGACGUUGCAUGAGGUCACGGACGUCCCUCAGACUACUCUGCCCAUGGGUUCAGUUUCGGGUGCCGUGCAGAUGUCCCCGGGUCUGGAGGACAUACAGACGGGGCAGUCAGUGGGCGUUGAUGAUAUUCGCCCAUCGGCACAGGCGGAGGGGAUAGCAGCGACCACUGGGGGGGAGUGGGCCGUAGCGGGGGCCGUUGGUGUUGGCGAGGUGGGGGUGCUUGCUCAGGCUGAUCCGAUAUCCACGUCUGGCGGGGGAGAUUGCGCACAGUUCGAGAGCCUCCCUUUUGGUUUUAUGACCGCUGAGGAGUUGGAGGAGCACGGCAGGAGGGAUUUGACGGAGAUCGACCAGCGCAUUUUGAGGUCAGUCCCGGAGGAGGGGAAGCUGCCUCACAUGCAGGACUUAUCUUGGGGGCCAGCCAGCCCUAGCUUACCUUCUGGAUGUUCUAUCGCAACACCAUCUGGCUGGGCUGCAGGGGGCUUACCUUUUGGAGGUUCCGUCGCAGCGGCAUCUGGCGGGGCCGCAGGGGACUUACCUUCUAGCGGUUCGGUCGCAGCGCCAUCUGGAGGCGCCGCAGGGCCUUCGUCACCCUUGACCGCAACUCCGAGGGAGGGCGGCAGUCUCUCCCCGAGGUCGGUUGCCCGUAGACGGAGAGAUACUGCCCAGCGUGCGCGGGAGUUGCUGGACACCAUGUCAUUCGAUCGCACUGAUCGACCAUGGAGCGAGACGAGACGGGUAACGACGGCUAGUGUCGGUCGUCAGCCAGGUUUGAGAGGGGCUUCCACGGGCGUGAGACGUCGAGAUGUUGUAGCUUCAGGGUUUGGUGGAAAAGGCGGUGGCGGCGGUGGCAGCGGUGGCCAGGGCGACGACACACGUGAGGGUGCAGGCGGUGCCGGAGCGAGCGCAGUGGAUCCGCCCUUGACGUACGGUUUGAGAGAGGCGUCGAUUAUUUUGCAGGAGCCUGGAGUUGUUACACGACCGAGGCAGGAGAGACACGUGCCCUUAGAUCGACGCCAGGAGGGGGAGACUUCAGGGACAGACGGUCUACCGAUGGCACGCAAGUCACGACGACGUGAUGACCUAGCAGCCCCAGCUGUAGGCAGGACGUUGAGAGGCAGAAGACUCAUUAUGGACGACGACCCCGACGAGCGUCCCGUCGUUCCCGAGCCUUCCGCUGGCAGACGCGGCGACCAGCGACGAUCGAUCGUCCUCCGAAAUACAGGAGGAAAGCCCUACACUGUGCGCAUGCGAUUGACCCUUCGCACUACUAUUAACGUGGUUCUCCGGGUUUCGCCGAUGAUGGCAGGGACUCUCCGCAUGAUCUCCUGGGACAAACCCGCAGAAGGGAAGCCAUCAACUGAUGAUGCGGAAAGCAGUGACGAAGAUGAUCCGGAGAUCUUGAAAUUGGCAUGGAGGACCAACGUGGCAAGAGAUCUUCUGGGAUUCGUCUUUGGAGCCAUGGAUCGGGGAAACCGAUCACAGAUCAUGCGCGAACUUACGAUCGUGAUCGCGCGAUUGGCCGAUGAACUCCCUCUCGACAUCGUCUCUCAGAGCGACGAAGAACCCGUGCCACAUACCCUCUCGAGGACUCUCGCCCUAAGCCUCCAGUGGUCGGCUUGUAUCGAGGAGCGCUGGGCGGACGACCGUUUUCCCUCCCGUAGCGAGUACCUAGACGUCCACAGCCUGACUAAUCUCCGCUUCUUUCGGCAACCAACGACGUUCGAGUGGGCGGCGCUGAGAGCAGAAAAGGAGGCCGAAGAUGAAUCAGAAGGAGAAUUGAGAAGAGAGGUCGGGGAAGCAGCGGCCCGAUUGGCCGAGGACGUGGAAGAAGAGCGCGAAGCAGAAGAAGAGUCGGCGGAAGCUGAAGAAGAAGAAGAAGAAGAAGAAGAAGCAGAGGAGGAGACUUCGGAGGAAGAUGAAGAGGCCUAUAGCGAGUACAGCGAGGGCGAGCAAAGUGAGGAGGAGGACGAAGACGACGAAGAAGUGGAAAGCGAGGACAACCAGGAGCCAACGCACGACGAGCUCGAGUGGGUGCCAGGACUGGAUCGGCAAGAGGAGAACUCGGAGGCUGCUGCGCAGUGCAAGAAAGAGAUCGUGGAAGGAAAGCGGCUGGCGAUCGAUCCCACACUGAACAAUCCUUUCAAGGAUCCCGAGCCGCCCAAGCCGGAACAUGGAGACCUUUCUGCCACAACCUCAGGAGCCGCGACGACAAGGCGCCGAUCCCGAUCCCGAUCCACGUCCCUCUCCGCCUCCGCCCGUCCCCCAAUUCAUCAACGUGUCUUUAGCAGCAGUUCCGCAAAGGUUAUUCCUCUUGACAGCCCAGUCGUGUUAUUAAACCCCGCGGCAGGGUAUCAGCCCGGUGACGUGGUCGCUAUUCGAGUUCCAUUACUCCAGCUUGAUAAUUUCAACGAUGAAGGGUGGGCUUCCCCCAACAGACAAUAUGCAAUGAUGGUACUGAUGCUGCCGUACGACACGCCAAGGAGAUGGCUGCCAAACGAGCUGGAGCUCGUCGAGGCCGUUGCGGAUCAGGUGGCAGUGGCAUUGUCGCACGCAGCAAUUCUUGAAGAGUCUAUACGAGGACGGCGCCAACUUGAGGAGCAGAACAAGGCACUCGACACUGCAAGGAGAGAGGCAGAGGCCGCCAUCCAGGCACGAAAUGACUUCCUCGCAGUAAUGAAUCAUGAAAUGCGAACGCCUAUGCAUGCAAUAAUAGCUCUGGCUAGCUUGCUCCAGGAGACAGGGGAUCUGUCGCAGGAGCAGCGAGGCAUGGUGGAGACCAUCCUCCGCAGUAGCAAUCUGCUAGCCAACCUCAUCAACGAUGUAUUAGACCUCUCAAGGUUAGAGGACGGAAGUCUACAGCUUGACAAAAGGGUUUUUAACAUGCAGAACGUCUUCAAAGAGGUCGUCACACUCACGAAGCCAAUGGCGAUGAAAAAGAAGUUGAGCUUGAGCUUAAGCAUGGCAAGCGAUCUACCACCGUCGGCUAUUGGAGACGACAAGAGGUUAAUGCAGACGACUCUGAACAUUGUGGGGAAUGCAGUGAAGUUCACGAAGGAGGGUAGCGUGUCGAUUGGAGUUUCGCUGGAGAGGCCAGAGAACUGGAGGGAAAUAAACCACCCUGAGUUUGAGUUCAUAUGGGAUGACAAAAGCUUCUAUGUCCGGGUACAGGAUGAUUCAUAUAUGAGAAUUGACUAAACUCAUUCUCGGUGAACUUUUAUGAAUAAGAAAUAAUGUGUGCGGGUCAGAAUGAGUCAAAUUAAAUGAACAUAACGACGUGCU